AUGCCCAUGUCUGGCGCAUCGUACUCGUGGCACCUGUCAGUAUCGCUCGGUAUCGGCGACAACACGCCGCUGCUGGUGAGGCCCGAGCUGGACCCCGAGGACGGCGAGCCCAACGUGUGCCAAAUGCCCGCCAACAACGUCGAGGAGGGCUUUGACUUUCCGGACGCGUUUGUGUCGCGCCAGUUCGUACAGACGAGAGAGAAGCUCUUAAAGCCCAUCAUUGAGCACGACGGCGCCUACCAAAAUCUGGAGCGCACCGUGGCGGCCCUGGCCAAGGAGGAGGAAGAGAGCGGAGCCAGCGCCUUCUUCGAUGUGGUCGACAUGGUGGGCCUGGGAGGGCCCUCGCACUUUGACUACCAGGUGACGACGGCCAAGGUGCUGCACCUGACGUGGCGGCGGUACUGCGUCUGGGCGACGUGCGAGGCGUGCGGGUGCGAGGCGCUUGGGGACAUGCUGUCCGCCGUCGCCGUGCAAGCUGCCAUGCCCGGCCUCGAGGGAAGAGUCGCCGCGAAGCGUGACCCUCAAGGCCCAACCCAAGUGAUCAAGAAAGUGAAGCCGUGCGCCGGUGGACAGGGCACUUGUGCGGGGAACGGAGAUUGCAGAGCCACAAUCCUGGGCGAUUAUGUCCUCUUUAAGGCUCAGGAUCCUGAGUGCAAGAGAUAA